UGCGGUUCGAUCGCAACGGAGAGCUGCGGCCCCAUAAACACCAUUGCAAAACUAAAAUUUAUUUAUUCGCUAUUUUAUAUAAAUUGUUCAAAAUUUUGACGCUGAGUGAAAUCCCUCAAUAAAACAGAUAUGCCGAGUGCCACAUUCUACGCCGAAAGCGUACCAUUCGAUCAAAUCGAAAAGCUCGCCAUUAGCGGCGGUUAUUCCGCGAUUUAUGCCACAGCAAAGCCCAGCGUUGAUGUUGUCGGCGACUGGCAGCACCGCUAUUGCUCACUCGCGGACACCUUCCAACCCGUCUUGGAUCGUGUGCAUAAUUUCGAGGUGCGCGAAGAUGAUGUUUGGAUUGUGACGAGCACCAAAUGUGGCACAACAUGGACGCAGGAAAUGACUUGGCUGAUUUUGAACAAUUUCGAUUUUGAGAAGGCUAAAACAGACGAUCUCACCAUACGUUCGCCAUUUUUGGAAUUCAACGGCGUUGUACCGAAUGUGCCACAUGACACAAUUGAGGCCUUGAACAAAUUGCCAUCACCGCGUUUGAUUAAAUCUCACCUGCCCGCUUGGUUGCUGCCGAAACAAGUGUGGACUAAGAAGCCAAAGAUCAUCUAUGUGUUCCGCAAUCCAAAAGACGCGGCUAUCUCGUAUUUCCAUCAUUGGCGCGGCAUGGUCGGCUAUAAGGGUACGAAGGAGGACUUCAUGCAUUCCUACAUUGACGGUCACGUCAACUUCAAUCCAUUCUGGCCACAUGUGCUCGACUUCUGGCAGCUGCGUGAUGAACCGCAAAUCUUCUUCACUAGCUAUGAGCGCAUGAAGCGUGACUUGGGCGGUGUCAUCAAGGAUGUAUGCAAAUUCUUGGAGCGUGAAGUUGAGCAGGAGCAGCUGACACAACUCGUGGAUCAUCUUUCUUUCGACAAAAUGAAGGAUAAUCCCGCGUGCAAUCAUGUCAAAGAGUUUGAGAGUAUGAAAGCGGCAGCUGGUAGGGAGGUCGAGGAAUUUAGCAGAUUUGUACGCCGCGGCAUAGUUGGUAGCCAUAAGGAUGAAAUGCCGCAAACAGCCAUACAAGAAUUCGACGACUGGACGGAGGAUAACUUGAAGGACUAUCAACUAACUAUGGAUGAUUUUAUCAAUUAUUCCAAGUACUAACUGUUUUCAACUUACAUUUAAGUUUUAUAC